AUGAGGUUCCGCGAUGAGGCGGCGGCAGAGGGGCGCACCCCCGCGUGGCUAGGGCCGCUGCUAGGUGCGGAGUUCUUCAAGCCGUGCGCUACUCACCCCUACCUAGUGAAGAAUGAGUGCAACCAUUACUGCCUCGACUGCGCGGGAGAGGAUGACGCCAUCUGCUGCACCCAGUGCGUCUCCGUCCAUCCCAGCCACCACAUCGUCCAGGCGCCGCAGCACGGCGUCAAGUGCGUUGGCCCCGCCGGCGUGUGCCUGGAGUCCAGCCGUGGACUCGUCGAUGCCAACUUCCUCUUCUGCUCACUGAGCUGCAAGCUUGAUGGAAUGGUGUCUGAUCCCAAUCUAACUUUCAUUGUUGAUCAAAGACGCAACCAGGAAGACCCGAGCCUAGAAACAGGAGAAGAUGAUGAUGAAGGUGGCGAUGGACUACCGGGGUCUAGCAACCGUCCGCCGGGAUGGAUUAGCUACCGCCGCCGACCCCGGAAGGGCAUCCCUGAACGGGCACCCUUCUAUUGA